GCCUCCGACACACUCCGAGCAAAUUAGUACAGACAAGUGUUUUUCUUAGCUUCUUGCGUCCGGUUCUGGGCAUAGUCAGCUAUCACGCGCACCUUGUUUUCUUUUCACCACUUCAAUACAAGGCGAUAGAUUGUCCAACUUGCUUAUUUGGGGUCGACUUUCAGGCUCUCCAGAGGGAGGCGGGUCUUUCUUAUUUCUUUCGCUUCGCUUCAGUUCCACACAUUAUUUCUUUGAAGUCUUUCUUGAGAACAUACAUAUAUAAAGUGUUUACCACUUUUUAUUCACUUUCAUUUAUCACUUUCACAACCACACAUAUUAACACGCACUUUUCUUUUUUUCACUUUUUUUUUCAAAGCUGAAAUGUACAGGGCAAUUUCAACGCUAAAGCCGUCUGUAUUCCGUCCACUCCAAAGAACCACUGCAAAGACCGCCUUCUCCGCCUAUCCAAAACACCGCCAGUACACCAACAUGGCCACAUCCGCAGCCGAGCUGGUAAAGUCCAACCGGCAGACGCCUGGCAAGCUAUUCGAGUUCCAAGCGCAGCUGGCCAAGCUGCCCGUGCCCUCGCUAAGCGAGACCCUGCCCAAAUACCUGCGCACGGUCGAGCCCCUGGUCUCGGCCGAAGAAUUCGCAUACACCAAGCUCGCCGUACAGGAGUUCGCAGAGUCCGCUCAGGGCAAGGAGUUGCAGCGGCGGCUCGAGGCGCGGGCAGCCGAGCCGGGGCGCGCCAAUUGGCUGGAGGAAUGGUGGAACGACCUCAGCUACAUGGGGUACCGCGACCCAGUGGUGCCGUAUGUCAGCUACUUUUACUCGUACAAGGACGACGCACUGCGUCGCACGGCCACGGGGCGCGCAGCAGCGAUUGUACGCGCAGCAUGGGAGUUUCGGCGCCAGGUGAUGACGCGCGAGCUGGCGCCCGAGGCGACAAAGGCCGGUGCGUUGUGCAGCCACACGUACAACUUCAUGUUCAACGCCUGCCGCAUCCCCGUGCGGCCGUCAGACACCGAGGCCACGUACGAUCUGGCGCAGAACCAGCAUAUUAUUGUUGCGCGUAACGCGCAGUUUUACGCGCUGGAGCUUGUGCACGACGGCCAACUGCUGUCGGCUGCGGAGAUCGAGGCGCAGAUGGACCGCAUUGUUUGCGUGGCGGACGGCUCGGCGGCUGUGCCUGUGGGUGUGCUGACGUCGGAUAACCGCGACCUGUGGGCGGAUAACCGCCAGGCGCUGGUGGAAGCAGCGCCGGAGAAUGCCCUGGUGCUGGAGCGGCUGCAGAGCGCGGCGUUUGUCGUGUGCCUGGACUCUGAGCAGCCGGUGACGCGCAAGGAAGCCCACCGGGUGUUCUGGCAUGGCAACGGACGCAAUCGUUGGUUCGACAAGUCGCUGCAGUUUAUUGUAUGCGACAACGCCAAGGCCGGGUUCCUCGGAGAGCACUCCAGCAUGGAUGGCACGCCGACGUGUCGCCUCAGCGACUACGUGCUGGAUCAGACGCUCGGGGGCAAGGUCGAAUUGGGCUCGCCCACUGUGCGCCCUGGGCUGCCCGCCCCAGAGCUGCUGCGCUUUGUGACGCCGCCCGCGGUUGUGCGCGCCAUUGAGCAGGCAGCCGCGCGCUUUGACACGGUCACAGCGCAGCACCAGCUGAGCGUCGCACACCUGGGCUUCGGCAAGGACGAGAUCAAAAAGCUGGGCUUUUCGCCCGACGGCUUUGUGCAAAUGGCCAUUCAGCUCGGCUACUACCGCAUGUAUGGCGCAAGCCGCGCAACGUACGAGGCUGCAACCACUCGUAGGUUUGCCCAUGGCCGCACGGAAACUUGCCGUUCGGUGUCCCACGAGAGCGUGGCCUUCUGUCGCGUUUUCGCGGACCAUGCGAGCGCGCCUGCAAGGCGCCUUGCUGCAUUGCAGGCUGCCACCAGUGCACAUGGUGCGUAUGCCAAGGGGUGCGCUGAGGGUAAGGGCGUAGACCGCCAUUUGCUGGGCUUAAGGCUUUUGAUUGCGCCCGGUGAGGAAAAGCCAAAGCUUUUCCGGGAUCCGGCGUAUGCGCAGACGUCGCAUUGGUACUUGUCGACGUCGCAGCUGUCCAGCGAGCACUUUGAGGGAUGGGGCUUCAGCGAAGUUGUUCCUGAUGGGUAUGGUGUCGCGUACACCAUUCGUAGGGACGCGGUUGUCUUGCAUAUUGCCAACAUGCUUAAUGACUUUGGCCUUAACUCUGAGCACUUGGCACAUUAUAUCAAUGAGGCCGCAAUGGAGAUGCGUGCUGCUGUGCUGGCUGCUAAGCUGUCGGCGCAGGGCCCCAAGCUGUGAGCCUCAUAAAUAAGCAGGAUCAAUCAAUUAACCAAUUAAUAUAUAUGGAUAUUAUAUUUUUAUUUGAAUAUUUAAAUAUAUGCGCAAUAUAUACACGGAUAUGUGUAAAGUUGCUAAAAUUUAUU